AUGACAGCCCUUGAGAUUUCAUCCACUGUGGCAGGAGGGGGAGGUUCCUGGCCCUAUUCUUAUCGUGGGCGCGGGGAAACUGGAACCGGGGUUUUGGUAUUCCAAGAUGAGCUGCAAUGGGGCAGUUUGGGUAUAUCGUGGAUGUACUCUCGAAGGGGACGCAGAUCGGCGUAUAUUAGGCUUGGGUUUGAGGGUUACGGUGGCAGGCCAGGCGUCGGUUGCGAUCGGUGGUUGAGGUUUCGUGGGCACUGCGUUGGGGUUAGGGCUGAGGGGGGUCGGUUGUCUGCUUGGGCUGCGCCCUCGUCAGGGGGAGGACAGAUGGAGGUGUUUAACGACUUUGCGGUCGAUUUUGUGAUGUUUAAGCACCAGCCCAAGGGCGACUCCGAUCGAAUUGAACUAGGGGGAAUGGGUAGUGGAUGUGUGAUCUGGGUGGAGAUUGGUCGGGGUAGGGCCAAUUGUAAAUUUGGUGUUGGCCUGGUCGUAGCGAAGGGAGCAGGGGUUUCGGAGAAUCUGGUUAAGUUUGAAUGGAGUUCCAGUGCCAGUGAAGCUAUAAUUAAGGGUGUUCACGACCAGCCACGGCUCGACCCCAGAUCGACCAGAAUUCCACGUCUAAAUUUUACAAAUCGACUCAUGACCUCGGCGUUCCCAGGAAGGCACGAGUUCUCGAAGCUCGGUGUGUGA